AUGAGCCUCCGCAAGGCCGUUCUGCAACGCAUAACCCCGCUGCCCUCUCGGACGCCCUCACCCAACGUGCCCGCCGACUGGCCCCAGUCCCCCGUCGAGUCCGACUCCGACACGGUCCACCAAAUUUCCCCCGACGCCCACGUCGCCGAACGCCCGCUCUCUCCGGAAUCGUUGAUGUCCCCCAAUGGCAACGGCGUCGUGAAGCGUUGGCGGGUGAACAUCGCCGAGCACGCCAGCUCCCUCCCCAGCGAGCUCGCGACCGUCAGCCUGAACGGCUCCAUCAAGCGCGACGAGGAGCUCUGGUUCGAGGACGGCAACAUCGUCCUCCUCUGCCGCGGCUCCGCCUUCCGCAUGUACCGUGGCCUGCUCACCCGGAACUCGGUCAUCUUCCGCGAUCUCUUCUCCAUGGCCCAGGCCCCCAGCGCGGAGACGGUCGACAGCUGCCCCGUCGUGCACAUCUCGGAUUCGCCGGAGGACCUCCGACAUCUUCUCCGGGCCUUGUACGGGAUGCGGAAAUUCCCCAUCAUGCCCGGCGAGCGCAUGGAGUUUGCCGAGCUCGCCGCGCUCAUCCGCAUGUCCCACAAGUACCACGUCGAAGACGUCCACGCGCGCGCCAUGCACCACCUCAAGCUCUACUUCACCAACGACCUCACCACCUGGGACACCGCCGGCGCGGACGGCAACGCCUUCCUGCACAUCACGCCCCCCGACGCCCUCGCCGCCGUCAACCUCGCCCGCCUCACGCACGCCGACUCCGUCCUCCCCACCGCGCUCUACCUCUGCGCGCAGCUCGACGGCGAGCUCGCCGCCGGCGUCGAGCGCCCCGACGGCACCACCGAGCGCCUCGACGCGCGCGACCUCGAGCUCGUCCUCCGCGCCCGCACCGAGCUCGUCCGCGCGAGCACCCGCGGCGCCUGCGCGAUCUGCCGCCCGGUCCCGAGCGCGCAGUGCGCGAGCAAGGGCUGCGAGCGCGCGCUCCGCGAGAUCCUCGGCAUGAUGCUCGACGGCCUCCAGAAGGACCCGAUCGGGGACAUCGCCGGCUACGCCGCGCUCGACUCGUGGGAGCACUGGAUCGAGGACGUCGUCGAGCUCUGGCCGCUGUGCGAGCCGUGCCGGGGCAUGCUCCACGCGCGCGACCUCGAGGUGCGCAAGGACGUGUGGAAGCACCUCCCGACCUACAUGGGCGUCCCGCUCGACGACUGGAAGGACCCGGCCGCGUCGGCCGCGCCGGCCAAGUGA